AUGGCGCCUAUUGUCUGGAAACUUAUCCAGAUCGCCAUAGUUGGGGCAACCUAUGCUGUAGCUCGUUAUGGACCAGACGAGGGGUUCACAGCCCGUGUUGGCUGGUUAGGAUGUUUCUCUAUCUUGGAAUCCAUCGCUCUCUUUGGAUACUUUGUUUAUGCCAGAAUCAUCUGGCCACUAUACCUCACCCCUCUUACCAAGCUGCCCCAGGUCAAGGGUGGUAGCUGGCUAAAUGGUCACUUCCGAGACAUUUUCAUGAAUGGCACUGGCGAGUGUGAGAGAAGAUGGAUGUAUCAAGUUCCUAAUGAAGGAUUUGUCUACUACCGAAGUCUCCUAAACAUGCAACGAGUCAUUGUCACAUCGCCUCAGGCUGUACAACAUAUUGCUACCCACACCGAUGACUUCAAGAAGCCCUCCCCAGCGAAGGCUAUUGCCGGAAAGGUUCUGGGCGAGGGUCUUGUUCUCGCUGAACUUGACAAGCACCGCCAUCAACGCCGAGUCUUUAUGCCUAUUUUUGCUCCUCAGCACAUCCGUGAAAUGUUCCCUAUCUUCUGGGGCAAGACCCGCGAGGUGACUCAGAAGCUGACACAACAUGUCCUUGAGUCCCAAACAAUCCCCUGGUCUAAGAAUGAAGGCGCCGUCUUCGAAAUUGGUAACUGGUCAUCUCGUGCUGCUCUUGAUAUCAUUGGAAUGGCUACCCUUGGUGCGGAUUUCGGUUCAAUCCAGGAUGAGGAUGCCCCAAUGGCGACCGCUUACCGUCAAUCCAUUGAGCCAUCUCGUGGUCACGUCGCCCAUGCUAUGCUCAAGGUGUUCAUCCCUGAGUGGUACGUUGACAUGCUUCCCGACAAGUGGAACUCUGCUCAGGAUAACGCCGUGCCUAUCAUUCGUGGCGAGUUCCGCCGUCUACUGCGUGAGCGACGUUUGAAAGAAGCCGAGAAGACCAACACCGGAAAGGAUCUGUUGAGUUUGUGCUUCAAGUACGCCGAGACUGCGAAUGCCGAUGAGGAAGACACUAUCGAUCAAAUGGCUACUUUCCUGGCAGCUGGUCACGAAACUAUCUCCGUUGGAAUCACAUGGUCUAUCUACAUGCUUUGCUUACACCCCGAGUGGCAGCCUAUCCUUCGUGAGGAAGCUCGUCGCGUCUUCCCAGACCCCAACGCCGAUGAUGAAAAGAACGGUGCAGGUGUUACCUCUGCUGACCUUGAAAACAUGCCCAUGAUGCAAGCAUUCACCCAUGAAGUUCUCCGCUGGUUGCCACCUAUCCCACAGAACAUGCGUGAGCCUCUCCGUGACGUGGUUAUUGAUGGUGUUCUCAUCCCCAAGGGUACUUGGAUCGUUGUCCCCUUCAAGGGUCUUCAGCGUGACACUCGCUUCUGGGGUCCUGAUGCUGGUGUAUUCAACCCUCACCGAUUCCUCAACCCCGAUGGCACCUUCAAGCCCAGUGGUGGUUGCACCAACAAGUAUACCAAUCUCUCUUUCUUCCAGGGUAGCCGCAGCUGUGUUGCUCAAGGCUUCUCCAAGGCCGAGAUGGCUUGCAUUGUCGGUGCUUGGGUUGGUCGCUUCAACUUUGAGCUUGUUGAUCAAGAGCUUCACGAUGAGGAGAAGAUGCCAAUCACCCUCGGUAGCUUGUCAUCAAGACCUCUUCACGGCCUCGAUGUCAAGUGGACCCUUGUGGAUGGAUGGUAA